AUGGCAACGGUUACUAUCUCCGGAUACUCAUACCAGCUCACAUCCGACGGAACCCACGAUUAUGCCAGUAACCAAGGUACCACUUACUAUUAUCGCCGAGCAAACACAACGCAAUGGUUUCAAUACACGGCGCAAGUUCAAAGUAGGGGCACGACCACCCAAGCCAGUAGCAGUAGCGGUGGCGCUGUUCCCGCGCGAUACUCCAAUCGCCUGGCAGCUAAUGUAUACGAUGCUUCCAUCGGCACGAUACGUGUUAGAUGGGGUCUUGCCGCACAACAGCGGCUGCUGACAGAAGCAGCCAAUAAGGGGAUCUUAGUGGAUACAAUGAAGGCUCUUACUAAACAUUUCACGUAUCUAAUAGCUGUGCGAGUUGGUGCCGUUACCGCUGUUAUUAAAUCACCACCGAAAGACUUCAGCGUAGACAGUUUGAUCAAAGCCCAGUGUAGUGGUCAUGAGCACAUUACUGCUGAGCUGACCGGCAAAAAGAAGGCCCACGUUUACCUUACAGGGAAAGGUUCCGGCGCAACAGCCUACGAUAAUAUGAGCAUGAGUGGAGAAAGCAUCAUGACCAGCCAAGGAGCCGCCGGCUAUGCUAUUGACGCCAGCCUCUCUACCGGCACCUACACUAUGGCGGGAGCAUCCGCCUCACAUGUUGCGGCUGCCACGACUACAGCGGCUUCUAGUUCCACUACAACAGCAACCUCAGGCACGUCGUCACAGGCCGCUUGGCCCUGGGAGGAUGACCCAGAAUAUCCAACGCACCAACGGCGGCUGGAACGGUUACAACUAUGA